CGGUAGUUGAAUUCCAGGCCGAGGGGGCGUGGCUGCCCGGAGAAGGGGGUGAAAGGUUAGAGGUAAAAGGUGAAGAGAUCCCGGCUGCAGGAAGAUGGCUGAGAGGGAGCUGCAGACAGCUUCCCGUUCUGAGGAUGAGAUGCCUCCAUCUCUUGUCGGCCAUUGCUUCAUCAUCCCAAAGAAGGAGAUCAGCACGGUCCCUGACAUGGCAAAGUGGAAGCGUUCACAGGCCUACGCUGAUUACAUGGGCUUCAUCCUGGCCUUAAACGAAGCUGUUAAAGGGAAGAAGCUGACCAGUCCAUACAAAGUCUCCGAGGCCAUCGAGAAGCUCAUCUCUUUACUGGAUGUCUUGGAUCGUUGGAUUGAUGAAACCCCCCCAGUGGAUCAGCCAUCGCGCUUCGGCAACAAGGCGUUUCGCACCUGGUACGGCAAGCUGGAUCAGGAAGCAGAAAAUCUGGUUUCCACGGUGAUCCCUCCACCGCUAAGCGCGGCCGUACCAGAAGUUGCCGUGUAUCUCAAGGAAUCGGUGGGGAACGCCACCCGUAUCGACUAUGGCACAGGUCAUGAGGCAGCGUUUGCCGCGUUCCUCUGUUGCCUUUGUAAAAUUGAGGUCCUCAAGGUGGACGACCAGCUCGCCAUCGUCUUCCGAGUUUUCAACCGCUACCUCGAGGUCAUGAGGAAGCUUCAGAAAACGUACAGAAUGGAACCAGCCGGGAGCCAAGGAGUCUGGGGGCUGGACGACUUCCAGUUUCUUCCUUUUAUAUGGGGCAGUUCUCAGCUUGUAGAUCAUUCCAUCUUGGAGCCCAGACACUUUGUAGAUGAGAAGGUGGUGAAUGAAAAUCAUAAGGAUUAUAUGUUCUUGGAAUGCAUCUUGUUUAUCACCCAGAUGAAGACCGGCCCGUUCGCAGAACACUCCAACCAGCUGUGGAACAUCAGCGCCGUCCCCACCUGGUCCAAAGUGAAUCAAGGUCUCAUCCGCAUGUACAAAGCAGAGUGUUUGGAAAAAUUUCCAGUGAUUCAGCACUUCAAAUUUGGCAGCUUGCUUCCCAUUCAACCCGUCAAGCCGUAAGGAGCCAGGAAAAGCGAUCCCCUCGUGCCUCUUGCAACAAGGCGCUGCUUCUUGAACGUUCCUCCUCUGAUCUCCACCCUGACUGCAAAGCGACCUCUGCUCCCCGCUCCACGUCCGUGAUCCUGACUCCCAUAGUGGAUGACGGCAGCGCUGAGACUUUCACUCACAGAGGUCCAUUGGUGUACUUGAAUGUCAUGGAUUUUGCCCCAAAUAUAAUUUAAGGCCCCCUGUAAGUUAACCGAGCACACAGCACAGAGCUUCGUUACCCCAUACACAGAAUCACUUAUGUUCUUCUUCUUCAUAGUCCUCCAUGGCGUCUACAGCAAGACGGCAAGCGGUGUCUCGCCGAGCGAAACUCUCUGCAUAAAGACAGCUAAAAUUGCACAAUCAAGAAGCGUCUCCUUAUGGGGCAUUCCAUUUAUUAGCUUUGGCUCCCGCAAUGAAUGAGAGUUUGUACUUUAUUCAUGUUUUCCCCGUCUGUGUCUAUAUUGUUAGGAACCGGUUACGAGGAGACGUCGAUCCGCACAGAUAAUCGCCUCGAUGUCCUCCUCCAACGAGUGGUUUCCAGACCGCCGCUUUCCCGUGCAGUUUGUAGGUCUUGUUAGAAAACGAUUCUAAUAAAAACCUCAGGAUCCCGCUGGUUA